UGGUUUAUUGGCUCACCCAGCAGCUUUUCUCGUCUGUGCUGUGGAGGAGAAGCAGGAGAGCACACACACAUUACAUACACGCAUGCACACACACGUAUGCACAGGUACGCGGUCACUGCAUCCUGCGACUUGAAACAAAAGAAACUUUGUGCCAAUUCACACAAAGCAAGAGGUAGAAAUGACGGAGUGACUUUGAACGCAUCACUUUUUUUCUGGGGAGACAACAGCGUCGGACUAUGAGGAAACUUCCCACUCCAAACAACCAUUUUUUUCUUUUACAACUUUUUGUCCUACUUGACUCAUUUGGAGAGCUGGAUUUUUGGAUGAGACCCCGCUAGUUUGGACUUUGACAUAUUUUUCGUGGGGUGGGAGGAACGAUCGUUGAUAGGCAAAGUCUAGGAGGAUUUUGGAGACAGAAAAUAUGGCAACACUUCUCAUCUGCGGGUUUAUUCUACUCAAGGUCGUCUUCGGGGACGCUUGUGCCAGCGGACAGUUUAGCGAAUCAGGCCAGUGCUGCAGUUUGUGUCCUGCAGGCUUUGGAGUGUCGGCUGAGUGUGGAAAAGAGGACACCAAAUGCACACCAUGUCCACAGGGGACUUUUUCCUCUUCGGAAGACCUCGGGCGUUGCCUCCCGUGCUCGCAGUGCCCGAACGGCGUCCCCACGUUGGUGUCCUGCUCGGCUGCUGAAGACACACAAUGCGAAUGCGAUAGCGGCUUCUUCUACCUGCGAUCUUUCAAUGUGUGCGCGCCUUGUUCAAAAUGCAACCGUGGCCAGGGGGCGGGACAGCAAUGCGGCCCCAAGGGGGACACGCUGUGCAGGGCUUGCGGCCGCGGAACCUUCUCUGAAGAACACCACAGCACCAAGCCGUGCCAGACCUGCACACAGUGCACAGACAGCGAGGUGGAGAUCCGGGCCUGCAUGCCCAACUCGGACACACUCUGCAUGGAUAAAAAGCUACACGUUCUCUCUGAUGCGGCCCGCAACGCUCCGAGUUGGUCGGGUGUUGAAGAGGUGACGCAAGGGGGAGGCAGCGCCGCCCCAGGGACACCGAAGUCCACCCCGCAGAAUGAGAACGGCAACAACAACAGCAACAACAUCCUGGCCUACGUGUCCGUACCAGCUGCAGUGGUGCUGGGCCUGCUGGUCUACGUCGCCUACAACUGCUGGAGAUCGUGUAAACAGAAGAAGGCUCUGUCCAAGGCCCGGGCCGCCGAGCUGGGCGCGUCCCCAGAAGGAGAGAAGCUGCAAAGCGACAGCGGAGUGUUCCUCGACUCGCAGAGUCUGCAAGACAACCAGCCCUGUAAAGGUACAAAGAGGGACAGCAAGCAGGACACACGCCUGUACAUCAACCUGCCCCCCCACAGGCAGGAAGAGGUAGAGCGGCUCCUGGAGGAGGGGGCGGGCCGCGGCUGGCGUCAGCUGGGCCAAGCGCUGGGCUACGACCCCGAGCAGCUGGACCUGUUCGGACGCGGCGAGGCCCCCGCUCGCACGCUCCUCUCCACCUGGGCGCUGAAAGAAGGAUCCACUCUGGGACUGCUGUGCUCGGCGCUGGCUCGCAUCGAGAGGCCCGACGUGGUGUCGGCCCUCAACUGUCCCACGCAGGGCGUCUCUGUGGUGUGAAGGAAGCCACCAUCAAGCUGCACCACUUGGACUGCAGAGCACGCCUUAUGAAUCUUUUUAAUCCACACUAAUAUACAGUAGUACCUCAACUUGCCAGCUUCAUUGGUUCUAUGACGGAGUUCUUCACCCAAAACAUUCUUAUCUCAAAUCAACGUUGGCCAUUGAAAUUAAUUGAAUCAAUUUAAUCAGUGUUUGACCCCCAAAACUGCACCAUUUUAACAGAAAACAAUACGAUAGAAUGUACUACAAACAACUACAGUAGUUUUAUAAAGUAAUUAAUUUAUGGUGCCUCCUUCCAGAUGCUUCUCCAACAAACACACCAUCUGCAGCUUUUUUCUAUAUUUUCAUGGAUAAUGUCUGCCGUUGAUAUAUUUCAUGGGUGUCCAAAGUGCGGCCAUUUGCGGCCCGCAGCUAAUUGUUUAGCGGCCCGCCACACAUUCUGGAAAUGCUAUUGCAAAAAAUAAAAAUUAACAUUUAAAAAAGUGGAAUGAGGUGAAAUCUAAUGAGAAAAAGUUGCAAUGUUGACACAAAGCUGCCAUGCAGGCUGUUUUUUUUUCUUUUGUCUUCCUUUCUUUUUCUUUUUUUGCCACUGCUCAAAAAAAUAUAUAAUGACAAAAAAAUCCAUGUUAUACUUCAUUAUUGUCAAAGCUCCAAUUAGUUCAAAUUUUUCACUUUAAAAUGUUUUAUGUGGUAAAUAUUGCAUAUAUUGUGUAGUUGCCAUAUAAAAACAAAGUUUCUUUUGACAAAAGAGCAUAAAACAAACAAAAUAAUAGUUCAAACGUAAAAUCAACAGAUAUAUCUGAAGUUGAUCUCUUAAAUGAUGAAAGUUUUUGUUUUUUUUAAAUAAUAAAAAUGUAUCACUUUAUGAGUGGGGCACCUUUUGGAUCCCAAAUAUAUUUAGUGGUAUUUUAUUUAUCUUUUCACUGUGAUGACUCAAAAAUAUUAAAUAAUUAAAAUCAAUGGUGUACUGCAUUAUUUAUAUUUUAGGGUUCUAACUACUAAAUACUGCAUAUUUCAGUUUUACUAUAAAAAACAAAGUUGUUUUUGACAGAAAAGCCAUAAAACCUUUUUUUUUUUUAAAGUUGAUAUAGAGAUUUACUGUAAGCGUUAAAUAAAAAAUAAUACAAAUUAGACUUAUUUUUAACAUUUUAAUAACUGAGACCCUUUAUGGUCCCCGGGACCCCUAAAGGUAAAAUAAAUACA